AUGGGGGAAAAUACCGCAACAACAACUGUAACAGGAAGCAUAAUAAAAGCAGACCAAACAUCCAUAGAAGAGAUAACAGAGGAAUGUAUUGGUCAGAUAAACCCUACUCAGAUCUUCCAAUCAAUCCUGGCCUCCAUACCUGCCUUUUUUGACAGCCAACAAACAUACAUCAGCAUAUUUUCUAACGCUCAACCAUCAUGGCACUGCACCAACAACACUAAUUCAUCAUGUAUCUCCAAUAAAUCCAACUUAUGCUCCCUUACAUCCACCGAUUGGGCUUGGGAUUCUGGAAACCUUGUGCACACUUCCAUUAUUUCAGAGUGGAAUCUCGAGUGUGCUAACUCGUUUAUCACCGGCAUGCCUUCAACUUCCUACUUUGUUGGCUGCCUAAUUGGUGGUUUAGUGUUGUCUACAUUUGGUGAUUCGUUUUUAGGCCGAAAAAAACUUUUGUGCCUUUCAUCUUUAGUCAUGUCUCUGGCUGCACUCGCCUCUGGAUUUUCACCAAACAUUUGGGUUUAUUCGGUAUUUCGAUUUCUAAGCGGAGUUGGUCGCGCUUCUCUUGCCAUCACAGCUCUGGUUUUGAUUACAGAGCGUGUGGGCAAAAGGUGGCGACCAACAAUGGCUAUGGUCGGGUUCACUCACUUCUCAUUAGGAAUACUAGCAUUGACUGGUAUAGCCUAUUUAACCAGAAGAUCUUCAUGGAGAGUAUUGUAUUUAUGUACUUCUGUCCCAGGAAUAGUAUGUUCUAUAAUGUGUUAUUUCCUUCUCUUAGAAUCCCCAAGAUGGUUGUUUAUGCAAGGUCGAGAUGAGGAAUCCAUGGAUAUUUUGCGUAAGCUAGGAACCCUAAAAAAGGAUUCUAAGAUCAACAUUCCCCAAAAGAAUUCAAACAAUACAAGCCCAUUUGCAUCCCUCAAGAUUCUAAUCAAGAAAAGAUGGGCAUUAAAAAGAUUAUUAACAUCUGUGAUUUUAUCAUUUGGAAUUGGUCUAAUGUACUUUGGUAUGUUUUUAGGGGUGGGAAAUUUAGGGUUCAAUAUCUACUUAAGUUCGACAUUUAGUGCAUUACUAUCUUUAGCCUCUUAUCUAAUAACUUUCCUCUUUUGGAUUCCAAGAUGUAAUAGAAGAUUGUCAUUACUUGGGUUCUGCAUAAUUGGUGGAUCAACAAGUAUAGUAUUUUCAGUCCUAGGAAAACAUCACAAGGGUUUGACCAUGGGAAUGGAGUUAGUCUCUCUGUUUUGUGCCUGUAUGGCAUACAAUCUGGUGUUGAUGUAUACAGUGGAGCUGUUUCCGACCUGUGUAAGAAACUCGGCCUCGUCGUUGGUUAGGCAAGCAAUGAUUUUGGGGUCAGUUUUUGAUCCAGUUCUGAUUUUAUUAGGGAGGAAAAAUAUGAUGUAUUGUUAUGGUGUAUUUGGAGUGACAAUGCUGUUUUCUGGGUUCAUGGUUGUUUUCCUUCCAGAGACAAGAGGAAAGGUGCUGUGUGAUACCAUGGAGGAACAAGAGUUUAGGGAUCAAAGAACUGAGUCAAAAAUUUGAUCUUUUUCAAGCUGACUAUUUGUGUUAGCUAGGAAAGCUGCAUAUCAACAGCAUCUUAUUCCGGCUAUGCAUAAUCUCCGUAUC